UCCUUUUCAUUGGCGGAUAGGAAGCUGGGAGAUGGGAUGCUUGGGUCCCGGGGUGGAGGGGGGCGGCACCUAGUAAGAAACGUUCCACUCCCUGGCCUCAUCCCCGUAGGCUCCAAGUUGCCAUCAUGGACCCUGGCACCUGCCCCUCAGGAUGCUGGCACCCAGAAUCCCAUUCCUUUCCCCCUUAAGGCCUUGUAUCCAGAAGCCCCUUCUCACUUCCCCCUCCCUGCCAGGCCCUGGAGGCCCCUCCUAGACUUGGACACCCUGAACCUUCCUGCUCCCCCCUCCCUGCAGCAGAUGCCUGGACCUUGGUCCCUGCUGGGAGCAGCAGCUGGCCCUGCCUGACUCAGCAGCCCCAGGCCUUCCUGGUUAAUGAUCAGCCAGCGGCAGAGCAGGCGGGGGUCCUGCUGGUGUCAGGGGAGGGUCCAAUGCGGCGGAGGGAACACCGGAGCACAGCCACCCUUGAGGAGGGCAGGCCAGCCCCAACUGCCCACUGUGAGGGCAUCUUCCAGCACCUCGGUCGGCAUCGCAGCCGGCUGAUUGCCUACAGCCUGGUGUUUGAGGACCCUGCCUCGAUCCAGGAUCCAGACUCAGACACUGACUCCGAUGGGCCUGGGCCUGGCCCAAGGGUUGGGAUUGGGGGUGAGAGGGGUGGUCCCCCACUGGAAGGUCCCAUAGCUGAGCUGGAAUGGGACCCCACUGGGGAUGUGGGGUGGCUGGGUGCCCCCCGGAGCAAGAGAGUCUGGACACCGGGGUCCCCCUGUGAAGUGUGUGGGCGUGCUGAGCCCCUGGCGGUGUGGCCCCUAGGGCCAUGGGGUCCCCCCCUGUCUUCUUUCUGCACUCAGGACAGGAAGCAGCCGAGCCCCCGAGAUGUGACUGUGCAGAUCCCUCUGGGUGCCGGGGGUCCCAAGGAGGGUGCAGCUCAGCCACGAUGGUCUCGACGAACCGUCUUCUUUCUGCUGCUUCUGCUUCUGCUGGGGGUUGCCUGUCUUCUCCCGCCCCCCGGGGGGACUCCUUGCCCCCCUCCCCGGCUCCAUGGGCCCCUGCACCUCGUUCUCAGCUAUGUCAACGGCCCACCCCCAACCUGAGCCCUCACGGGCCUUCCAAGGAGACCCCAGUAUCUUCCUUUGGAUCUCCGGAAUAAACUUUAAAAACCUGA